UUUCUGGAGUUCUCACAAACUGAAAUGUCUCUCUCUGUGGAAGAGCUGUCUUGUCCCGUGUGCUGUGAGAUCUACAGAUCUCCUGUGUUUCUGUCAUGCAGUCACAGCAUCUGUAAAGACUGUCUUCAGGACUUCUGGAGGAGCAAGAGAACUCAGGAGUGUCCGGUCUGCAGGAGAAGAUCCUCCAAAACCGAUCCUCCUGGAAAUCUUGUGUUGAAGAACCUUUGUGAGUCCUUCUUGAGCGUUGAGGAGGUUUGUGAUUUGCAUGGCGAGAAACUCAAACUCUUCUGUGUGGAGGACAAGGAGUCUGUGUGUUUAGUGUGCAGAGAUUCAGAAAAACACAAUCAGCACAAAUUCAGGACAAUCGGUGAACUUCUUCCAUCUUACAAGGAGGAGCUCAGCAUCAACCUGAAGUCCUUACAAGAAAAGCUCAAGCACACAGAGGAAGUCAAAGGAGAGUGUGAGGAAGCAGUUCAGCACAUCCAGACUCAAGCUCAGCACACGGAGCGUCAGAUUAAUGCAGAGUUUAAGAAGCUUCAUCAGUUCCUCAUCGAUGAAAAAGAGGCACUAAUCAUUGCACUGUGGGAGGAAGAGGAGCAGAAGACUCAGAUGAUGAAGCAGAAGCUGGAGGAGAUGAACACACAGAUCUCAGCUCUUUCAGACACAAUAAAACACAUCCAGGAGCAAAUGAAAGCCAAAGAUGCCACGUUUCUAAAUAGCUUUGAAGCCACAAUGGAAAGAGCCCGGGGCCCACAGCAGGAGCCUCACAUGAGUCCUGCAGCUUUGAUUCAUGUGGCAGAUCACUUGGGCAACCUCACAUUCGGAGUCUGGCUGAAGAUGCGAGAUAUCGUCCAAAACGCUUCUGUGAUUCUGGACCCCAACACUGCACAUCCCGAGCUGAAGCUGUCUGAUGAUCUGACCGGUCUGACGUGGAGCACACAAACUCACGCCUGUCCCGCCAAUCCAGAGAGAUUCGACGUCUAUCCCUGCGUUCUGGGCUCUGAAGGCUUCAUCUCAGGAACACACUGCUGGGACGUGGAGGUUGGCGACAAUACACACUGGACUGUAGGAAUAACCACAGCAUCCAACCCUAGGAAGGGGUUUACAUUCUUUAGCAAAGAUGUCUGGUGUGUGUGGUACAAAAAUAAAGAAUAUUUCUCAUAUUACCAGGACAAAGCCUACACUCCAAUUCACGUUAAAGAGAAGCUGCAGAGGGUGAGGGUUUUACUCGACUGGGAUCGAGGAAAGGUGUCUUUUUCUGAUCCUGUAACUGACGCUCAUCUGUGUUCACUCACAACAACGUUUACAGAGAAACUCUUUCCGUUCUUCUCUAGCGUUUGUGUCACUUGUGGUCUGAGGAUCCUACCAGGUAAAAUAUGUGCAUCAGACCAGCACAGUUAAUGUGAUUCUGUAUACUUUAUGUUGUAGAUGAUGUGCAUAAUAAACACUUUUAUUUCAUUGUCUUUAUUUCCUGAGAUUUUUAACAUACAAGACUGCAUUGACACU